UGAUAGAAUUUGGACUUGGAAAUCUCUUUGUAUUUAUGUCUUCUCUAUUUCCAAAGUCUUGAAAAAUGGAAAUAGUAGGAGAAACAAAAAAAACAAAUAAAUCAUUUUGACCGUUUUCAUUGUGUUCUCUAUAUAAUCUAACCAUCAUUUUACAACGACAAAUAUUCUAUUGUCAUGGCAACCCCAAAUAACAAAGAGGAUUUCUCGGGAGGACUUGCAAAGGUUUUGGCAGAGAAAUGGCAAGUUGACGUACGGCUCAAGGCAAUGAAUAGUGACGAUGGUUCAGCUAUCUCUGCCCACAAACUUAUUCUGGCAUCAAGAUCUGAGGUUUUCAAGAAGAUGCUAGAAUCAGACGAGCUUAAGACUUCAACUAAAGAGGUGGAAACAAUCACUCUCUCAGAGAUGAAACAAGAAGAGUUGGAAGCUUUUGUUGAGUUCAUAUACAGUCAUGGCUAUACGAUUUCUGACAACGUGAAACAACAUGCUCGGUCACUCUAUAUUGCGGCUGACAAAUAUGUCAUUCUUCAUCUACGUGACCUAUGCAGAAUGGAGCUUAUGUCUUCUUUGAGUUUGUCGAAUUCUCUUGACAUCCUUGAGCUCGCUCAGUUCCCUUUUGACGAAGUCCUUAACGAUGCAGCGUUUGGAUAUAUCAAAAAGAAUAUAAGUACGAUUGCUAGCUCUGAUGAGUUCAAGUUGUUCGUUGCUAGUAACGCAAAUCUUGCCGUGGAGAUAAUGAAGGCUUCUCUUACUCAUACUAGUAAUUCAAUAUGUUCUUCCUGUGGCUAUGGUUGUAACUGUAUCCGUCGUGGAACUCCGAGAAACCCCUUUGCCUUUUCUCAUUAUUAA